GCCGGAAAUAUGGUUAGGAGAAGUUCCUCCGGAGCUUCCUGUCUCUUAAUCCACUUGUUGAAGACAGGAGGAGGCGCACACGAACUUUAACAUUCAGCAGGGGGCUCCUAUAAUGCCGGAGACCGACGGAUAAACAGCGGCCAAACGCAGCAGCAGCAGCAGCAAAGCGCCCGCAUCGAGCAGCACCAUGGUCGGUCUGAGGGGAGCCGGCGUCCUCUGCGCCUCCGUGUCUCUGGCCGGGGGAGUCGCUUAUCUGGUCUGGAAACACUCGUCCUCCUCCGGGGAGAAGCAGCAGCAGCAGGAGGAGGACAAGGAGGAGGUGGAGAAGAAGAAGGAGAAGAAGGAGGUGGUGGUGGUGGAGGAGAAGAAAGAGGAAGAGAAAGAGGAGCCCGUGGUUGCACAUGUAGCAGCACAAAAAACAUCCAAGCCCGUGGGGCAAGCGGGGACUCAGGUUCUGGUUCUGGGUCUGGAGGGGGCCGGUAAGACCAGCCUGCUGCACUGCUUGUCCACCGGCAGCCUGGAGCAGGACAUGGAGCCGACGCAGGGCUUCAACGCCGUCUCCGUCAACAGGGACGACCUGCACAUCGAGUUCCUAGAAAUCGGAGGUAAAGACGACCUGAGGCCGUACUGGGAGAGGUACAUGUCCAAAGCUCUGCUGCUGGUGUUCGUGGUCGACUCCUCGGACCCCGAGCGCUUCCCGGUCGCCAAGAAACAUCUUCACGAGCUGCUGGCCUCACGCCCCCUCCUGCCUUUAAUGGUGCUGGCCAACAAACGGGAUCUUCCGAGUUCCUGUUGCAUCACCGACAUCCACGACGCCCUGUCCCUGUCCGAGGUCGGAGACCGACAGCUGUUCCUCAUCGGGACGCACGUGAAGAAGGGCGAGGCGGAGCUGAGCUCGGGGGUCCAGGACGCUCGGGACCUGAUCACCCAGAUGGUUUGUGACAGAAGAUGAAACUUAAACUCUGGUGUUUUCUGAUCCGGUUUUCUUCGCACGCUUUCACUUUACUGUCGUCACUACGCCGGGCUGGCUGAAGGUCUUUACCUAUAAGAUGGUACAUUAUCGUUUGGA